AUGUUGAAGCACGUGGCCAAUAUGGCUGAGGAUGGUCGUUUGAGUUGUGCUUCUUCGACGGGAGUGGACUUGGGUCGUGUGAACGUGACUGGAUUCAUGGGGAUUGAUGGUAGUGGUGGAUUGCAGAUGACGUACAACACAGAAGUGGGAUUGAGUGUUCAGUCUAGUGUAACGAGUGCACAGGCAGGUACGGCGGCGUUGUUGGGAAUGCCGCACGCGGGAGGUCGCGAGCAAAAAGUGGAUGUGCAUCUGAAGUACCGUGGCGACCCGUGGCAAGUGCACGCGAGUGUGGAACCAGUUGCUCGCAAGUGGGCGGUGGCGUGCGUCGCACGCUACCCUCUCGGCAACUCAUCGGUUGCAGCAGGCGUCGAUGUGAGCGGAUCCGCUACAGCUCCACCUGUCUUCUCCGGCGCUGCACUCGCCUACGCAUUCCCCACCAAAGGACACACCGUAACAGGCUGCCUCGCCGCCGCACCCUUCCGCGACCACGCUCUUGGCAAACUCUCCGUCGCCGUCGCAUCGCAACAAACGAACCAUUCCGAGAUGGCUGCCCGUUACACAUACACACCCGCCACUGACAAAACCGAACUCUGUCUCGGAGGCGGCUGGCUACUAGACACCAAGACCAAACUCACCUCUCUCAAAGUCAAAAUCAACCAGGAAGGAAUACUCGCCGCAGCUGUGACCCAUAAACUCAAUCCCAAUGCCAGCCUCACUGUUGGCGCCUCA